UCCCUUUUUGGCUCCUUCUCCAUAAAGCCAGACCAGCUCUAUCAGGGGCAAAGCUCUUGAUGCAUUUAACAAGCUUCCUAACCCAGCUCUGAUUUUCACCCAAAUUCUGGCAACAUGGAGGCAUCGUUUGUUGUCUGCCUUCUUGCAGCCUCCAUUACUCUGGUUUUAGGAAUGUCUCAGGAGUGUACCAUUUGUCAGUCGAGUGGAAAGAACUGCCAGGGGGAUAAGGAAACUUGCUCUGCUCCAAAAGACAAAUGUAGCGUCACUUUGUUGGAAAAGACUGUCGGACCUACCACACAUGCCAUCAAGAAGAGCUGCAUCCAUCCACAGGAGUGUAACCAGGGCUUGGCUGUUCUAGACAUGGGCAACAAGCAAAUCAUCCAGGGCCACGUUUCCUGCUGCGAGGACAAUCAAUGCACCAAUCAUUCCAGUAUGCCUGCCAGAAAAAUUGUAACUACCAACAACAAAAGAUGCCCGGCUUGCUCUACCGAGCCAAAGGAACAGAGUGGAUGCCAGGAGAAGUUGAUUAACUGUACUGGAGAGGACGAGAUGUAUUGUGCAGAAGUGUUUCUUCAGAAGAAAGAAGGAGGAAAAAAUAUGACUGUCACCAUGAAGGGAUGCGCCAAUAAGGCUUUCUGUGAGAAGAUGGAGAUUUCAGCUGUUGCUAGUGCAUUUACUUUACUUCCCAACAGCAACUGUAAGAAUGCCACUGGGGCAGUUGACACCACAGUUGGAUCAUUUGGACUCUUCCUCUCGGCCCAGGCUGGGCUGUUGUUGGUGACCAUCUUUUCUUGAUAUGUUUCCAACAUUAAAACUCAGAUCCUGCUUGUGAAUUCUUCCCUCUCUCCAUUGCUUAUGCCUCUUAGGCCUCACUUUUUGGGAAAAUACAGAGCUUUCCUUUUUCUUGAAAUAUAUACAUUUCAAGAGAGCAGCUAAAGUUUUUCCUAAUACUGUUCCUCCUCUUGCUAGCUCUGUUACCAGUUGACUUUGAACAAGUGAGCUGUGAAAGUUGCACAGAGAAGAAGCAGGAUCUAUUUGCUUUGCCCUCCUGUCCAGCAGAGAUGAAAAUGGACACUAAGGGAGUCAAGGAAAUGGGAGCAAGAAGAAUGAAAAAAAAAGAGGUGGUCAGCCAGCAUCAGUAGGGCUUCUGAAAGUUAAGGGGUGCUGCUAGUUAGUGGACACUGAAAAGAGUUUGCUGCGGCAGCAUCAAUGCCACACUUCAUGGAAGCCAUUGUAUGUCCUUCACUAGCAUCCAUGGUGUGAGAUAAAAAUAGUCAAAAUGGUGAUCAUGGUGGUGAUGAACCAUAUACAGUAUGAAGGACCAGAACUUUGAUCAUGCUGCUUUCAUGUAAUCUUCUGCCUGUGGACCCUGCGGUUGGGUACAUAUUGGUGGAGUUCAAAGUGGGCAGCUUGUGGACUAAGAUCGAUGUGACUCAAAGCCCAUUUGUAUGUGUUUUUUUUUUAAAUUUCCAAUCAUUUAUGAAUCACCCUAAUCUGACCACCUCUAGAUUAUAUGUAAAAACAAGUCUUUAAAAGGGAAUGUAUCAACCAAUUAAAAUAAUAACAUCACACUAAAUUUAUCAGUGAAGUUAAUGUGCCCCUCAAACAACAUAGACCCUGUAGGCCUAAUAAAACAGGGUAGUUUUAAUAGCCUUUCUGAAUGAGAAGAGAAAGGGACAAUCAUACUUCUGGAAAUAUGUUCCAUGUGGGACGCACCGUACAAAUCAGAAGACCUGGUUCUUAAAUUUUUGAGCAAGAUCUUUCCUCCCUCUGAUGUUUUCAGACAUGGAAGUGAAAAGUUCUCCAGAGAAUCUUGGGACUCCCUUCAUGUAAUAUGCCUAUAGACCAGUGUUUUGCAAACUUGACAAUUUUAAG